AGAUCUGUUCGUUAGUGAAGCUGCGUACUGCGUUUACAUUCUGAUUACUUUUUCUCCAGAAAACUUUGAAUUGAUUCUAGUUAAACUAUCAUGGCACGUUACUAUCAUGGCAAAAAAAUUCAUAAAAUUGAAACUGAAAUCUCAAUUUUUGUAAUGGACGUUGGUAAUUUUUACAAAAAGGAAACUUCCCUCAAGGAAGCAACUAGUCUCGAGACAUUCCUUGACUCUGUUUCUAUUACACGCCGUUACAUGGUAGGAAGAGCAACACAUUUGAAGACAACCGUAUAUCAUGCAUCUAAGGAAAUUUCAACGGAAGCUGAUUUUCAAGAUAUUUUUAAGCUUCAGCACUAUCCAUAUGAUUUGAAACCUACUGUUAUGCAAGUACAUGUAUUAGUAGAUUUCAGUGUGAGCAGUUGGGAUCGUUUCAUUCCAACCGAAUACAGACAGUAUUACACUGCUUUGGACGAGUAG